AUGCUGGCCGUCAGGUCCGUGCACGCGGUGGUGCCACCGAUCGCAUCUGCCGGCGCAUCGUUGGAGAAGGUGAGCCUCUGCUUCCUGGCCUUGCGCUUGCGCCCAGCGUUGGGGGCCUGCAGCUCCAGUGUCGUGCGGAGUAGGGGGCCUGAGCGGAGGGCGGGGCAGGGGAAAGCAGAUGAAAGGAGGUGCCGUGGAGAAGGAGAUCGAGGGUUGUUUCAAGGGAAGCAAGAGCGUGCGAAGCAAGAGCGUGGGAUGCAAGAGGGUGGGAUGCAAGCGGGUGGGGUGCAAGCGGGUGGGAUGCAAGCGGGUGGGAUGCAAGCGGGUGGGAUGCAAGCGGGUGGGAUGCAAGCGGGUGGGAUGCAAGCGGGUGGGAUGCAAGCGGGUGGGAUGCAAGCGGGUGGGAUGCAAGCGGGUGGGAUGCAAGCGGGUGGGAUGCAAGCGGGUGGGAUGCAAGCGGGUGGGGUGCAAGCGGGUGGGGUGCAAGCGGGUGGGGUGCAAGCGGGUGGGGUGCAAGCGGGUGGGGUGCAAGCGGGUGGGAUGCAAGCGGGUGGGAUGCAAGCGGGUGGGGUGCAAGCGGGUGGGGUGCAAGCGGGUGGGAUGCAAGCGGGUGGGAUGCAAGCGGGUGGGGUGCAAGCGGGUGGGAUGCAAGCGGGUGGGGUGCAAGCGGGUGGGGUGCAAGCGGGUGGGAUGCAAGCGGGUGGGGUGCAAGCGGGUGGGGUGCCAUGGGCACUGCCAGUGGUGUGCGGCAGUCAGCCGACUCACCAUCAGCGGCGCUGGCGUGGGUCGCGAGGAAGCUGA